AUGACGCCAACAAGAAGUCAGUCAAAGACACCGGAACCCUCCGCACACGAAUCCUUGAUCCAGAAUCUGCAGCAACUAGCCCAAGUUGCCCAGACACUAAGCAACGCUAUCCUCCAUAACAAUAACCGACCGCCACCACCACCAACAAAUGGGGACUCAGAAGUCGACCACCAAUUCUCAAAACAUCAACCACCCAUUUUCUCAGGGGAAGAAGACCCCACAAUUCUCGAAGAAUGGAUCCGAACCUUUGACAAAAUCUUCGAAGCAGUCGAAUGCCCGGAGAAACGCCAUGUAGAAGUAGCCUCCUUCUAUUUCGGACACGAAGCCGAUCUUUGGUGGCUCCACGAGGGACCUGCUUACAAACAAGAACCGGGGUUCAACUGGGAAUCCCUGAAAGUACGACUACGAGAACGAUUCUGCCCCGCUCACAUAAGGGCAGCCAUGUACGAAGAAUUCCUCCACCUAAAGCAAGGAACAGCCACGGUCACGGAAUAUCACAAACAGUUUCUCAAGCUAGCUCGUCUCACGCCCGAGCAAGUACCUACAGAAUCAACCAAAAUAGAGAAAUUCGUGACAGGCCUCAACUUCGAAAGCCGGAAGGCCCUAAUCUUACACAAACCAAAGACACUCGAAGAAGCCUAUACCAAGGCAGCCAAACUCCAACAAAUACCAUACAGCACACCGGAGACACACAAGGGACACAAAAGGAAAUUUGGGGAGAAUCAUGCAACCCCCCUGCGGGAAUCAAAGAUUGCCAGGGCCACCCCGCCCUAA